GGGGAAUUACCUUAAGUGGCCAGUUUUCAAAGUUCAGAUCUUUCGCUCAUGCAACGUUGUAUUUGUUACCUGCAUUAGGCGGCCACCCCUAUUAGGUGGCUGCAGCUACCCUGUAGCAGUCCUAUGUUUGUCUUUCUUUGUUAUUUUCACCUGUGUUGAGCAGCCACCCUUGAACAGAAACUAAGCCACAUGUCAUUUUAUGCGGUAUUUUAUUGCAUUUAAAAUGCUAUCCAUCAUCACUAUAAAGAAAUAGCAUGUACAAAGUUACUGUAAGCUAAUAAUCAGCCAUUUAGUAUCGUUAACGAUUUCCACAUGUCUGUAAUGUGCUGAAGUACAGUUCUACAUCAUUAGACCACGCCCAGUGAGUAUUUUUAGUGAUCCUGUAUUAACCAGCCAGUUCCUCAAGUCCCAAGGGUCGCCAUUGUAUACAGGUUCAACUGUAUUUGAUUGUGCUGGUACAAAACAAACUGAAAUUGUUAAUUCAAUUGUUAAAGUGUUGCAGAUAUUUGUUCAGGUAUUUAAUUCUUGUCAAUGUUGUUUGCAUUUCUUGUAUUAUUUCAGAAAGUUCCAAAGGUGAAAAAUAUCAAAAACCCAGGAUUUGAUAAUGAACUUUUAAAAGAAACCACAUGCUACCUAAGAAAUGGUUUGCGAUGUGUUCAUCCAUAUUACUUCACAUUCACCACCUACUGCAAAGGACGCUGGGUGGGACGCAGCUUGAUUGAUGUGUUUAAGGAAGAGUUUCAAUCUGAGACACAGGAGUAUUACGAGAAAGCAAUAACGGCUGGAAAAAUAACAGUGAAUGGUGAUGUGGCUUCCUGCAAAACAAUACUUAAAGACAAUGACAUCAUUUGCAAUAAAGUUCACAGACAUGAACCUCCUGUGGUGGGAAAUCCUCUAGAAAUUAUUGAAUUGACUGAUGAACUAGUUGUCCUCAAUAAACCAUCUUCAAUUCCAGUUCAUCCUUGUGGAAGAUACAGGCAUAAUACUAUUGUGUUCCUUCUUGGAAAAGAACAUGGAUUAACAAAUCUCUUUACAAUUCACCGUAUAGAUCGGCUCACGUCUGGAAUUUUAAUGUUUGCAAGAAUACUGUCCAAGGCACAGGAACUUGAAAGCCAAGUGAGAAACAGACAAAUAGAGAAAGAAUAUGUUUGUAAAGUACAAGGGGAAUUUCCAAGUGAGGAAGUUCUCUGUGAGGAGCCAAUUGUCGUGGUGUCCCACAAGAUUGGUGUUUGUCGAGUGAGUAGAGACGGAAAGCCAUGUAAAACGCUCUUUAAAAAGAUUAGCUACGAUGGAAACUCAAGUAUUGUGAAAUGUGUUCCACACACUGGACGAAUGCAUCAGAUCCGUGUUCACUUGCAGUGGCUCGGUUAUCCAAUCAUAAAUGAUCCCAUAUACAACCAUGAGUCAUGGGGACCCCUCAGGGGUAAACAUGGCGUGUCAGACCAAUUGGUAUAUAAGGUGAUCUCUGAACUGGCGAAAUCUUCCACCAUCACGACCAUUAACAGCACUAACUGUAAUGACGCUGAGCGUCAAAAGGAACAAUAUUCACAAACAUCUACCUGCGACUUAAUUGAUCAAGCAGGAUCGUCUGAGUUUGAGGAAACAAACAGCAGCAACAAAGACGAAUCUGUGGAGCAGCAGUCUUGUGUUGUCCAAGUUAUGAACAGCCGUGACAAUGGAGAUUGUUUAAAUCAGGAUAGUCAAUCUUGUACGGACACAACUGAGCAGUAUUACGAUAAAGACUGUAGUGAAUGCCAGAUCAUAAGAAGAGAUCCAACACGUUCUGAACUCAUCAUGUGUCUCCAUGCUGUCUCAUACAAGGGCCCAGACUGGGAGUUUAAGACAGGACUGCCAAGUUGGGCUGAGGAAGAGAAAGAAACCAGCUCGCCUUUGAUUACUGAGAAAUAAAUUAUCUGAGUAGAGGACACAAGUUAUAAUUAAAGUUAUUUCAGUCAA